CAUUCCUGGGUUCCUGUACACUAGCAGGAGUAGCAAGAUCAACUAACAAGCAACCACGUGUGACGCGAAUGGACUUCAUGGAUUGUAUUCUGUGAAUUUUUCUUUUAGUUUUUAGCAAACUCAGUUCGGACUAUCACUGCAACAAUUGUAUACAACUGUAUACAACAAAUACGAUACAUAUUAUUAUUACUAUAUUCAAGCACCGUGUUAUUUCAUGUGUCAUCGUUGUUAUUACGACACAGUCAACAACGCGGUCAACUCAGAAGGGCCACGCAGGGCCACGUAUCAUUAACAAAGAAAUUAGCAUCGAUCUGAUUGCUGUCACAUUUGUAUUUCUACAUUAUUCUACAAGAUGAACAUGCGUAGGAACGCACCUAACAUUUUAAUAUGUGGCACGCCUGGCGUAGGCAAGAGCGCGACGGCGCAUAUGUUGAUGGAAAAAGCUAAACUAAACUGGCUCGACAUCAGUAAAGUAGCUAUUGAGACUGGAUGUGUGAGCGAAUAUGAUGAAGAGUUACAAUGCAGCGUAUUGGACGAGGAAGCGUUAGUAGAUCUUGUGGAGAAUUUUAUGAGAGAAGGAGGACAAAUCGUGGACUAUCACAGUGCCGACUUAUUCCCUGUAAGUUGGUUUGAUAUUGUAUUUGUGCUCAGAACAAACAAUACUAUUUUAUACGACCGUCUACAGGCAAGAGGUUAUAGCAAGAAGAAAUUAGAGAACAAUAUAGAAGCUGAAAUUUUUGAAAUUGUUAUCCAAGAAGCACGAAAUUUGUUUGAGCCAGAAAUAGUGCAUGAACUAACGAACGAUACUCCAGAUGAGCUGACACGUAAUGUAGAUAGAAUUUGUCAAUGGGUGGAACAAUGGAAAAUAGAUAAUAUGUAAAAGUGACAAAAUAUGUAAUAAACAGAGCAUUUCUUAUGUAGACAUUUUCUCAUGUAAAGCUCUCACGACUACGUUUUUCAUAUAUACUUAUUUAGAUUGUAAUUUUAUUAUAAAUAUAUAAGCUUAUCGACGCCAUAAAAUGUGAUUGUACAAGUUCUAAAAUCUAUUAAGUAAACAUCUGUACAUAUAACAAACACAUAAGCACACAUAUAUGUAUGUAUAUACAUACAUA